CUUCACUCUAACCUCUUCUUCUCUGAAACGCGUUUUACCUCUGCCUCCACCGUCCUUGCCGCCGCCGGAGACGUCCUAGCCGGCGUCGGAGCCGUCCUUCCCGUGCCGUCCUUCCCGCUCUUGUUUUGUGUUCCUUUGUGCACGGUUGUUGCCAUCUUAACGUCGGUUCCAUCUCUCAAAAGCUUGCUGCACCUUGUGCCUCCACCGUCCUUGCCGUCCCCUCCGUCCCUGCUGCGCCGUUGCCGCUCUUGUGUUGGGUCCCUUCGUGCACGGUUCGUUGCCCUGUCCUCAGAGUUCAAAAGCGCACCCUUGUUCCUCGCCUCGAUCAAGCAAUUUUCUUCUUCCUCAUAAGAUAUUGUACCUGCAUGAUUAUUGGAGCUCUGUCUGGGCCAUAACCAUUUGCCAGUUAUCCAACUCCUUGCUAACAAGCAAAGGGAACAUGUACCCCUCAUGAACUGUGGGUUGGCGUUUGCUCUUGUAAUACCAUUUACCUAAUUUACUCUACAAGAGAAAAGACAAACCAAAGUACACAAGAAUGACUUCUUCGCCUAAUGAAAGUGUGCCUUCUAAUGAGAAGAAUUUGAGUAGAGAUUUUAAGCGUGGAAUGACUUGCGCAAAGAAGGUCAUGAGCGCAAAAGAAAAAGGAGAAAAAUUGGAGAUUGGAUGGAAUAUUUGAGGUCAACCAAUAAACCCCAACAAAAAUAGCUUUGUUGAAUAUAUUGGAUAUUUAUCUCGUACACAUGUUCCAAUAACGUUCAAUCAUUGGCCGACACACCAAAACUAUACAAAGACAAGAUUUGGGAAGAGAUUGAGUCUGCUUUUGAAGUUGCGGAAAAUCGAAAGAAAUUUGUCCUUCAAAAAGCCGGUACUAUAUGCAGAAAUUCCAGGUCAUCAUUAGGAGACUAUAUGACAGAUCCUUAUGGUAAUAUUGUUGCGCAUCCUCCGGCAACGUAUUCACGCGUCAUAACUGAAAGUGCAUGGAUGAGAUUUGUUAAGCAUCGUCAAACCGAUGAAUUCAAGAAAAUUAGUGCAUCAAACAGAGAAAGAGCAUUGAAUCCCGAAUUUCCAUACAGAAGAUCACACAUGGGAGCUGCAAUUGUUGAACAAAAUUUGAUAGCAGAAUCAGGAUCAAAUGAGACAUAUUUGCCUCGUUCUUGUAUAUGGAAGGCUUGCCGAGUGGACGCAAGAUGUGUGAUUGAUAAUGAAAAGGUUCAGCAUAUUUGGGAACAAUGUGAAACAUUAGCACAAUCACAAUCAGAGGCAGAUGAUCAAGGUCAUGAUGACAUUCUUGCUAAAGCAAUGAAAGUGCCAGAGCACCCUGGUCGUGUUAGGGGUAUUGGAUCUGGAGUCUCUCAAAGGAAAUACUUCAAAGGUAAAAAACAGUCAAAGAAGGAAGACAAUAAGUUUAAUCAAUUACAAAGAAAGUUUGAUGCUUUAGAGAAGAAGUUGGAGCUGUUAAUGCAUGCUCAAGGACAGAUGAGUGAGGACCAAGAGCUUGAAAACUUAGCAUACACCAGUGGUAGGGAUAGUUGCACUCCGCUUGAAGUAAACAUGACCAAUAUACCUGCGGAUCCCACCACUUGUAAUUUAUGUUUAGACAACCCGUGUUUUCGCAUUGUUGCUAAGGGAACGGUUUAUAACCUACCAGGUGAUACUUUGCAUAAUAAGCCACUACCUCCCAACCAUCUCAGGGUUAGCAUUGACGUUGUAGAUGAAGAUGUGGCAGCAUUGCCCGUACCUCUUGAAGAUUUUGAUUUGCACAUUGUUGGCGAUGCUCUUGGUACUUUUGUGGCAUGGCCAAUCUACUUGAUUCAAGUCAAUUCUAAGGCUCCCAAUUCCAAUGAGAAAAAGAAAUCAGCCAAAAACACCGAUGAAGUCUUAGCAUCAACACAAAAACAAUUCAAUUCUGAGUCUCCCAAACACUCGAAGGAGAAAAAGAAACCAAUCGGAAGCACUAAUGAGCUCAUAGCAUCAACAAAAAAAACAAUUCAACUCGGAGACUCCCAAACAUUCCAAUGAGAUAACGAAAUCAACGGGCAACACCAAGGAGUCCAUAGCAUCAACACAAAAGCAACCAAUGAAUGAAGAAAAUGGACGAGAUAAUGUGUACUUUAAUCGUGUGGAUCAUAUCAAGUGUCUCCAAAUUGUUGCUCAAGCAUCACUGAAAAAAAAAUGAACAGAAGCCUAUACUUUAUGAGCCAGCAAUAUUCAAUUAUGAAUGUACUGACCACAUUGGGUUACCUGAAAUCAUGCAUGUUGUGAAUCAUGAGCAAUUAUCUGCAUCUGUGAUUUGUCUAUACAUGAGGUUUUUAUAUGACAUCGUCUUGCUCGAACAUGGUUUGAGAGAGAGAUUCAGCUUUUUGUCUCCAGCACAAACCAUUAAAUUCUCUUCUGAACAAGUUAACUACAUACAUGAGGCCUUCACGGCACAGGCGCGAAGAGAUAAAUUGUUUCUCGCACCAUUCAAUGCUGGGGAACAUUGGGUGUUGAUAGUGAUUGAUGUGUUUAAAGAAAGAAUAUACUAUUUGGAUCCUUUACGUCAAGAGCUGACAGAACGCAAACAAAUGAAGCUUAUGUUUGAUACGGCUCUGAAGGUUCAUCGGUCAACUUCUGGUAUGAGUGUACCCAAAGCAAAGUAAAAUUAUAUUUCGUGGGAUAUCAUUGAGUGCCCUCGUCAGACUAAUAAUGUUGAUUGCGGAUAUUAUGUGAUGAAGUUCAUGAAAGAUAUCAUCACUCACCAACAACUUGUGAUUCCAACGAAAUAUUUUGAAGAUUGUCAGUUCGUUUCCUACAAUGAAGAGCAAUUGCGUGAAGUUAAAGAUGAGUGGGCUGCUUAUGUUUUUUACAAUUGUUUUUAGUAUUUAAUCUAUUGGAUAGUUAUCUAUGAGAUGGUGGUAGAUGAAGUUAAGGACGUGGUUGAGAUAUUAUGCACUUUAGAAAUUGCUUCGAAUUUAUGAAGCUUUUGAUAUUUAGAUAUAUUGGUUUUGAUA